CACUUUUUCAGAGGAGAGCAGCCAACUUCACGUUGAUUUGCUUCUUCUUUCCCUCUUUUGGUUUUUUACUACAACAGCCGCAACAUGGUCCAGCGCUUGACUUUGAGGAGACGUCUGUCUUACAACACCAGAUCCAACAAGAGGCGCAUUGUUCGCACUCCCGGCGGUCGUCUGGUCUACCAGUAUGUGAAGAAGAACAAGACUGUGCCACGCUGCGGUCAGUGCAAGGAGAAGCUUAAGGGUAUCACCCCCUCCCGCCCCAGCGAGCGCCCACGUCUGUCCAAGCGCCACAAGACCGUGUCCCGCACAUACGGUGGUGUCUUGUGCCACGGUUGCCUGCGUGAGCGUAUUGUGCGCGCUUUCCUGAUUGAGGAGCAGAAGAUCGUGAAGGCACUCAAGAGCCAGCGCGAUGCUCUGGUCAAGCCCGUUAAGAAGGUGGAGAAGAAACCAACAAAGGCGGCACCCACCAAGAAGCCCGCUGGCAAGACCGGUGGCAAGUCGGCCGUCAAAACUGCCUCCAAGAAGCCCGCACCCAAGGGCGGUGUCAACAAGUCCAAGAAGUAAACAUACUACACUAAGUAAAUCAUUAAGAAUUGGACGCGGAAGCAUUUUGUAAUAAAGAAAAUACAAGUUGGAAACGUUA